AUGUCCGAGGAGUCGUCUGCCGAUCGCAAUGUAGAAAUAUGGAAAAUCAAAAAGCUCAUUAAAAGCUUGGAAAUGGCCAGAGGGAACGGUACAUCUAUGAUUUCCCUCAUCAUACCCCCCAAGGAUCAGAUCUCUCGAGUCUCCAAGAUGUUGGCUGAUGAAUUUGGUACAGCGUCAAACAUUAAAUCGAGAGUCAACAGACUGUCUGUGCUCGGAGCUAUUACUUCUGUACAGCACAGAUUGAAGCUGUACACCAAAGUUCCACCAAACGGUCUGGUCAUCUACUGUGGUACUAUUGUGACAGAGGAGGGCAAGGAAAAGAAGGUUAACAUAGAUUUUGAACCGUUCAAGCCUAUCAACACAUCACUAUACCUCUGCGAUAACAAGUUCCACACUGAAGCGUUGACUGCUCUGCUAGCUGAUGAUAACAAGUUUGGUUUCAUUGUGAUGGACGGUAAUGGUGCCUUGUUUGGUACGCUGCAAGGAAAUACUAGAGAGGUGCUACACAAAUUCACAGUAGACUUACCGAAGAAGCACGGCCGUGGUGGUCAGUCGGCGUUGCGUUUCGCCCGUCUCCGUAUGGAGAAGAGACACAACUAUGUAAGAAAGGUCGCCGAGGUGGCGACCCAGCUCUUCAUUAGCCAGGACAAGCCAAAUGUGGCCGGUCUGAUCCUAGCUGGUUCUGCUGACUUCAAGACUGAACUUUCACAGUCUGAUAUGUUCGAUCCACGUCUGCAAUCAAAAAUCAUCAAACUGGUGGAUGUCUCAUACGGUGGAGAGAACGGCUUCAACCAAGCUAUCGAGCUGGCCGCGGAGUCAUUGCAGAAUGUCAAGUUCAUCCAGGAGAAGAAACUCAUUGGCAGAUACUUUGAUGAGAUCUCACAAGACACAGGGAAGUACUGCUUCGGUGUAGACGAUACAUUACGCGCUUUAGAGCUGGGUGCUGUCGAAACGCUGAUAUGCUGGGAGAACCUCGAUAUACAGAGAUACGUGCUGAAAUCCCACGCAACCAACCAAGAGACAAUUCUCCAUUUGACCCCCGAACAGGAGAAAGACAAGUCACACUUCACCGACAAAGAGAGCGGGGUAGAACUCGAAUUGGUGGAAUGUCAGCCGCUGCUCGAGUGGUUGGCGAACAACUACAAGUCGUUCGGAGCUACCCUCGAGAUCAUCACGGACAAGAGUCAAGAGGGCAGCCAGUUUGUUCGGGGCUUUGGUGGAAUUGGCGGUCUACUCCGCUACAAGGUGGAUUUCCAAUCGAUGCAGCUGGACGACGAGGAAAUAGACAAUUUGUACGACAUCGACGACUACUAG